AUGGCACCUCACGAGAUUCAAUUAGAUACAUAUGAAUCCGGUUUUUAUAAAUACCUCUUGUCGGACCACGCAGAUACUAAUAAAAAAUCGGAAAUGAAGAUCGUAUGGAGAAAUGUAAUCUUACUUACCGUGCUUCAUAUAGGAGCAAUGCAUGGGUUAUAUCUAUGCGUGGCACAAGUCAUGUGGACUACUUUUUUUUUUGGUCUAUUUAACGUUAUUUUUGCUGGAUUGGGCAUAACAGCAGGAGCGCAUCGCCUCUGGGCUCAUAAGUCGUACAAAGCAAAGUUUCCGUUGAGGCUAUUGUUGGUGAUUAUGAAUAGCACGGCGAUGCAGAAUUCUGCGAUUGUUUGGGUACGAGAUCACAGGAUGCAUCAUAAAUACAGUGAGACCGAUGCUGAUCCACACAAUUCAAAGCGAGGUUUCUUCUUCUCUCAUAUGGGAUGGCUGGCAGUAAGGAAGCAUCCUGAAAUCAAAGCCAAAAGACACACUCUUGAUAUGAACGACCUGUGGUCGGAUCCGCUAUUACGAUUCCAAUACAAGUACUUUGCCUUCCUGGGCGCUUUGUUUGGCAUAGCAAUACCGUCAUAUAUACCCACACUCUGGGGUGAGAAACUUGAGAACGCUUUUUUUGUCGUUGGAAUCCUAAGAUAUGUUUAUUCUUUACAUGGAACGUGGCUGGUAAACUCUGCGGCUCAUAUAUGGGGUAUGAGGCCAUAUGACAAAACCAUUAACCCCGCGGAGAACCUAUUAGUCAGUAUAAUAUGUCUGGGAGAAGGUUUUCAUAACUAUCAUCACACUUUCCCAUGGGACUAUAAGACAGCAGAGUUGGGAAAUUACACAUUCAAUCUUACAACGCUUUUUAUUGAUGUGAUGGCCAAAAUUGGUUGGGCCUACGAUCUCAGAUCUGUUACCCCUGAUGUAAUUGAGAAUAGAGUCAAGAGAACGGGUGGCCGGUCGCACAAAACGAAUGCACACGAAUGAUAAUACGAAAUCGUUAAAAAAGGGGUUUUCAA